AUGGGAGUCUGCACCUUCUAUCAGCGCGGUGCUUGCAAGUUUGGUGACAACUGCAAGAAUGAGCAUCCUGGAAGUGCGCGAGAUCGCGGAGGCGGUUUUGGUGGAGGGAACAACCGCUUCAAUGCCUUCAACGGUGAUCGCUAUCGCCCAGGUCAAGACAGCGGGUCCAACGCAUUUGGAGGCAAUCGUGACUCGAAGACACCGGCUUUCCAUUUGGACAGAGACGACAUCAAGAAUGAUCUUACCACGCAGCGUCCGAUCUAUCCUCUUUCAUGUUAUGGCCCUGGGCGAGAUGCUCCGCGUCAACUGAUUGAGGGACCCGUUGAGAUUAGUCCGGAAGAGCUCCGCUUUAAGUACUACACGCUACGGGCGACAGGCAAUGAAGCCGGCGCACAACAAGAAGAGAGUGCACUCAAUGAAAAGAUGCAGUCACAGGUGAAGAUGAUCUUAGACAAGAUAUCUGACGCAAUCCAAUAUAUUGAAGAAGGUGCCAACAUCCACCCCAAUCGCAUUGAUAUUGCCAAAGGCAAUGUCCCUCCCACUGGAUCCACCAAUACCGCAACCGGGUUCUCCGGUUCAACCGCAAAUGCCUUUGGGCAAGCAUCGGCGAGUCCAUUUUCGACAGGGGCAUCCGCACAGCCAUCAGCAUUCGGACAGGCUUCAACACCAGGGUUUGGUAGGCCGGCGUUCGGACAACCUGCUAAUCCGGCACAAACCACCUCCGCUUUCGGUCAGCCUUCAAACCCUGGACAAACCACAUCAGCUUUUGGCCGGCCGUCAAACCCAGGACAGACGACAUCAGCUUUUGGACAGCCUUCUAACCCCGGACAGACGACAUCAGCUUUUGGACAGCCUUCUAACCCCGCACAAACCACUUCAGCGUUUGGCCAACCUUCGAAUCCUGGACAGACCACUUCUGCCUUUGGCGCGGCGUCGGCACUCGGUCAAAAGCCACCACCCUUUGGUCAGCCUUCAGCGCUGGGAGGUACGGGGAGUGCAUUUGGUAAGCCUGCUUUUGGCGCCAGUGGCUUUGGUCAACCAUCCAUGCCGGGUACAGGAAGUGCAUUCGGGCAAACGAGCAGCAUAGGUCAAGGCUCAGCGUUUGGACAGCCAUCAGCACCAGGAGCAGCAUCCGGAUUUGGUCAGGCAAAUGCUCUGGGACAGAAGCUGAAUCCUUUCAGCAAGCCCGGUUUUGGUCAGAGUGGCUUCGGCCAGACAGCGCAACCUGGUGCCAGCGCUUCUCCAUUUGCUCAACAAGCACAAUCCGGCGCAUCUCCUUUCAGCCAACAGUCUAGUCAGCCCUCGCCGUUUGCUCAAACAGCCCAGCAACCGGCUCAGCCCUCGCCAUUCGCUCAGCAGGCGUCACAAGCACCGAAGCCGAACCUAUUCGGCCAGCCUCAGGCAUCCACUCAAGCCAGCCCCUUUAGCACUGCCGCAGCUUCCUCAACACCAGCCUUUGGCCAACCAAGCCAACCCUCAGCCUUUGGCGCAGCGGCUGCACAGCCUACCACCACACAACCACAAGCUGCCAACCCCUUCAAAGCCGCAGCUUCGGCAGCCACACCAUCACCCUUUGCUACCCAGGCGCAGCAGGCUCAACCCCAGACUCAAAACACGACCCCUGCCUUUUCCCAGCAACAACAACAAACUUCAGCGCAAGCCACCUCAUCAGCACGUCCCCAUGUCCCUGGCGUAACGCCUGAUGGCAGACCCAUCGACCCCAAGGACCGCUACAAAGAGGGCAAGCCAGAAGAGUACGAGGGCGAGCAAGGCAGGAUCUUGGAGGAAAUCUACAGGCGUGUAGCGCAGCUUAAAAUGUUCAAUGACGGCGAGGAUAUCCCUCUUACACCGCCGAAGUGCGAGUGGAUUGUACCGCUUCAGUUGUAA